UUCGGCGCUUGGUAGUGUGUCCCCAGCCGGCGGCCGUAGUGCGCGAGGGGCGGUGACAGGAAGACGGGAAGCUGCAGGAGGGAGGAGGCCGCGCCCGGGCAAAGAGAGAGCGAGCAGGGAACCGGGCAGAGAGGAGAGCGGCGGCGGGGAGAAGGUAGCUGGGACUCGCCGGAGUGUAAGCUGUGAACGGACACCAUGGCCACCAACAAGAACAAGAACCCAACCUCGCUGGUGCUGCACAAGGUGAUCAUGGUCGGCAGCGGUGGCGUCGGCAAGUCUGCCCUCACCUUGCAGUUCAUGUACGACGAGUUUGUAGAAGACUACGAACCCACCAAAGCCGACAGCUACCGGAAGAAAGUGGUCCUGGACGGGGAGGAGGUGCAGAUAGACAUCCUGGACACGGCCGGGCAGGAGGACUACGCCGCCAUUCGGGAUAACUAUUUCCGCAGCGGAGAGGGCUUCCUCCUGGUCUUCUCCAUAACGGAACACGAGUCCUUCACGGCCACGGCCGAAUUCCGGGAACAAAUUCUCCGAGUUAAAGCAGAAGAUGAUAAGAUCCCUCUUCUCGUUGUUGGGAAUAAAUCUGAUUUGGAGGAUCGGAGACAAGUCCCGGUGGAUGAAGCCAGAAGCAAAGCGGAGGAAUGGGGGGUGCAGUACGUGGAGACGUCGGCCAAAACCAGAGCAAACGUAGACAAGGUGUUUUUUGACCUGAUGAGGGAAGUCCGAGCAAAGAAAGUGUCUGAGAACAAGGACAAAAACGGGAAGAAAAGCGGGAAAACCAAGAAGAGCUUCAAGCAGCGCUGCUGUUUACUGUGAUUUGGGAGCGAGGGCUGCCGGGGCCCCCCAUAAACACCGGGCCCUUUCUAACGCAGCACGUAGUAUUUCACUAACUCAGUGUCCGGUCCGGCAGCGAAAUGCGUUGCCGGUCCUCUCUGCAAUGAAGUGUUUGAGCCGCAGCUAUGUCUGUAACUGGCCCAGUUCUCAUGAUAUUUUUUAUCGUUAUUAUUACUUUUUGAAGCCUUAUUAUUAUUAUUAUGACACCUUUUUUAAUACUAGAAACUAAAUCACACUUUUUUUUUUGUUAACUCAUUAAGUGCCAUAAAAUUCCUCAUUCAGUAAAAUACGGGAAGGGGAACCACACGCCCCACCGGAGUGUUACGAACUAUUGGCCGUGCUGCCAGCCCUGUAAAGAGUUAACAUGAUGUAGCAGUCUAUGACAGUACAGCGUAUCACUACACAUGCCAAAAAAUGCUAAAUAAAACCACCCAAAAUGAUUGUUACCCCCUAUCCAGGACGAGAAGACCCUCUAACCUCCCUGUCCGUUCCAGAGCUGUGCCGGUAUACAGGCCCGUAUACGACGGUCCGCCGGUCGCUGACGGCAAGCACUUAAAAUGCUUCUGUUUUUAUAUUGGUUAACCCAGUAACCCUUUCUCUCCUGACUGAGGUCUGGGGUCACAUGUCUCUGUAAAAUGUUCUAUGCCUAUAGAAUUCUGAUGGAAACAGAUGGAUAAAGUACAAUGAGCUUCCUGCGUGGCCAUAGAGUGUUUGCUUGUCUCGAUGGCUCGUGCUGGUAUUUAAUGCGGGUCUGCGAUAAUGACUUCCCAAUCGGUCUCAAGCGUUUUCCUCGGAUUGUUCGGAACUUUCUGCUGCCGUACGGACUGUGAAUAAAGAGGUUCGUGCUCUGGCUGCACGUAUACCUCCAACCGUGUCUAGCACACGUGACGGCGUUGGAGCGUGUUCCCUGACCUUACACGCCACACAACGCAGAAAUCCGCCGCCGCGGGUCCUGCGACAGGAAAUCCGCUCAAACGGAACUUCUUUUAAUCAUUUUUUGGGGGUUUGCCGUCUCCGGUUUGUAUAAUUGCUUCUAUAACGCACAGCGCCGUCGCUAUGGGUUCAGCCGCGUCUCUGGCGAUCGCGGGAUGUGACGUUCUCAACUGCGGCCGCUUUCACAAUUAAUAAAGAAAUUGAAACCUUGAAA